GUAUUCUUUAUGCUUCAGGGAAAGAACUGUGUGACGAGAAUUCAGCGUAUAGAAUGAAGUGAACUUGAGAAUGAACGUAGUUGGCAGGUACUUGGGGAAUGUGGGCGACUGGAUCCAAACACGACUCCUCCGUGACAUCCGGCAAGAAGAAGAUGGGACUUCUUCCGCACCGCCGGAUCCACAAGCAGCGCAUGCGGAUCUCCGAGUUGUGUUCGUCAACCGACCUCAGCCCGAAAAAUACACCAGCAAUCGUGUGUCGACGGCAAAAUACAACCUCAUAUCCUUCCUACCUCUGUUCCUGUUUGAACAAUUUCGAAGAUACUCGAAUUGCUUCUUUCUGUUCAUCGCCUUGUUGCAACAAAUCCCCGAUGUAUCUCCAACCGGUCGUUACACUACUCUCAUGCCGCUGCUCUUCAUACUGUUUAUCUCAGCUAUUAAGGAAAUAAUCGAGGACAUUAGACGCCAUGCAGCUGAUAGGCGUGUGAAUGUCCAGGAAGUUGAAGUCUUGAAGGGCUAUCAUUGGCAAUGGAUCCGGUGGUCGAAGCUGAAAGUCGGCGACAUGGUGCGAGUUCGAAACGACUCUCUGUUCCCGGCAGAUCUCGUACUUCUAUCUUCCAGUGAACCUAAUGCGAUGGCUUACGUUGAAACGUCGAAUUUGGACGGUGAAACUAACUUGAAGGUGCGCCAGGGUUUAGCACAUACUUCCAAACUUCUAGAACCAAAGGACCUGAACAGAUUCGUGUGCACUGUGGAAUGCGAGUCUCCGAAUCGUCACUUGUACGAGUUCGUGGGCACGUUGCGAGAAUUGGGAAAGCCAGCUCAUUCGCUCGGACCUCAGCAAAUGCUUCUUCGUGGUGCGAAAUUGCGGAAUACCAUGUGGGUUUUCGGAAUAGUGAUCUACACCGGACACGAUACGAAGCUGAUGAAGAAUUCUUCCUUCCCUCCGCUGAAACGAUCGACUGUGGAUAAAGUGACGAAUGGGCAAAUCCUCUGGCUUUUCUUCCUUCUCAUCGUCAUCUGCGUCAUUUCUGCUGUGGCAUCCGAAAUCUGGUCAGCUUCGUACCUGAGUUCUGCGUGGUACCUCCGCUUCGACGACAUAGUCAUAUCCAAUUUCGGAUUCAACUUGCUAACGUUCAUCAUCUUGUACAACAACUUGAUCCCGAUUUCGCUGCAAGUCACUAUUGAAGUCGUGCGCUUGAUCCAAGCCACUAUGAUCAAUUAUGAUGUGGAGAUGUACCACGAAGAGUCGAACAUGUGUGCUAUGGCGAGAACCUCGAAUCUGAACGAAGAGCUCGGCCAAGUCAAGUAUAUCCUCAGUGACAAAACAGGAACGCUGACGAAGAACGUGAUGGAGUAUAAAAAGUGCUCUGUCGCCGGGAAUGUGUAUCAUGUGGAUGACGACGCGCUUAGUAAGAGACUCAAAGAGGGUGGAGGAUCGGAUGCGAUUUUGCUGAAGGAAUUCAUGACGCUUUUGGCCGUUUGUCACACGGUCAUUCCUGAGAUUGAUUCUUUGGGCGAGAUCAAGUAUCAGGCUGCUUCUCCUGAAAUUCCCGAUGCGAGAUACGACGAGUGGAAACAAAGAAUGGAAGAAGCGAGGCUUUCGAUGCACAUGAGAGAGCAGAAGGUUGCGGAUGCGGCUGAGCUGAUUGAAAAGGAUUUGGUUUUGCUGGGAGCAACUGGGAUAGAAGACAAGUUGCAGGAUCAGGUGCCUGAAACCAUAGCCGCGUUUCUGCUUGCCAACAUCCACGUGUGGAUCCUUACCGGCGACAAGCAAGAAACAGCCAUCAAUAUCGCUUACUCGUGCAAACUGAUCGACCCGACGAUGGCUCUCCUCAUCGUCAACGAGGAUUCCUUGGAUGCGACUCGAGAGACUCUGUUGAAGCAUGUUCACGAGUUUGGUGAGCAUUUGAAGCGGGAGAAUCAUUGUGCCCUGGUGAUUGAUGGACGUACGCUCAAGUACGCUUUGAGUCACGACAUGAGGACCGACUUUUUGGAUUUGUGUGUGUCGUGUCGCGCUGUCGUUUGCUGUCGAGUGUCGCCGAUUCAGAAAGCCGAGGUUGUGGACUUGCUCGUCCAGGGAACCAACGCAGUGACAUUAGCAGUAGGAGAUGGUGCGAACGACGUGGCGAUGAUUCAAAGGGCCCACGUGGGUGUGGGUGUGUCUGGUCAAGAAGGAAUGCAAGCUGUUUGCAACUCGGAUUACGCGGUUGCGCAGUUCCGGUUCCUCCGGAAGCUGCUUUUCGUGCACGGGAACUGGUGCUACCACCGGAUGUGCAAGUUGAUUCUGUACUCGUUCUACAAAAACAUUUGCCUGUACGUGAUUGAGUUGUGGUACGCCAUUUGGUCGGCGUGGAGCGGGCAAACCUUGUUUGAGCGCUGGUGCAUCGGCUUGUACAACGUGUUGUUCACUGCAGCACCACCUCUUGCACUUGGUCUCUUUGAUCGUGUUUCAACUGCGGAAACGAUGCUGAAGUAUCCAGUGUUGUACAAGAUGUCGCAAGAGUCGCAAUUCUUCAACUUCCGCAUCUUUUGGCUCUGGGUCAUCAACGCGUUGGCGCAUUCCAUUGUGCUAUUUUGGUUGCCCGCCUGGGCCAUGGCCCACGACGUCAUGUGGCCGAAUGGCAAAGAAGGAGGAUACUUGAUGCUGGGCAAUUCCGUUUACACCUAUGUCGUCGUUACCUUGAUACAAUAUUUCUACCAAGAGCAAAGCGGCGUAGAUUUGGCGUUCGGACAGAGUCCGGUGCGGUAA